AGGGGACAUUCCUGGCAGUGGCAAUGACAGGGAAGGGGACAUUCCUGGCAGUGCCAGUGCCAGUGACAGGGAAGAGGAGAUUCCUGGCAGUGGCAGUGACAGGGAAGGGGACAUUGCCGUCACGGACAGCGAUGGGGAAGGGGACAUUGCCAUGACAGAUAGUGACAGGGAAGGGGAAAUGCCCUGUGAUGCAAAAGAAGAGGCCUCUUGCUCUGAGAGUGACGCAGAGGAAGUGCCAGACGCUGUGAUCCCUGCUGCUCCCAAGAAAAUCACUUCCAUUUCCUCUCCCCUGCGCGCCUUCGUCCGCCUGCGCCGGCGCUACCAGGGCCUGAAGAAAAGCCGGCUGCACUUGGAGCUGCCUCGGGAAAAGUCUGCAGAGUUUGUCCACACCAGGCUGCUCCAGAGGCAGCUGUCCCUGAGCAGAACUUCCCUGUACAACCCUUCCAUGGCCUUCUUUAAUCAGUCUGGCUUUGAGAGCUCCCAGUACUUCACCUUUGACACGUCUGUGGAACAUUACUCGGUGAAAAAGUGCAGGCGGAAAAAGAGCCGGAGGAAAUCCAGGAUGGUUCUGUACCCAGAUAAAACAAAAAAAUACCUCCCAGCAGAGGAGAAGAGCAAGGCAAAGCGCUGCCUCCUCUUGCUCAUUGCCAUUAUGUUCUUCCAGAUUCUCAAUGCAAUAGAGAACCUGGAUGAUAACCUCCAGAAAUACGACCUGGACGGUUUGGAGAAAACCAUGCACCGGGAAGUGUUUGGGCAGAAGGUUGCUGUGGAAAGUAUUAUGGAAUUACUGAAGGACUACCUGGCCACCCAUGUCCACAACAAGCCUCUGGUGAUCUCUCUGAACGGCCCCACGGGGGUUGGCAAGAGCCACGUUGGCUGGGUGCUGGCCAAGCACUUCCGCUCGGUCAUGGACAAUGACUUUGUGCUGCAGUACUUUGUGAUGCACCACUGCCCCAGCGGGGUGGCUCCCCUCACCUGUGCAAUAGACCUGUCCAAGAAGAUUGCUGACAUGGUUACCAGAGCUGAAAUAGAGGAGAAGACCCCACUGUUUAUUCUGGAUGAGGUGGAGCUCAUGUCCCCCGUCCUGCUGGACACUCUCAGCCGAUUCUUUGAACCCAAUCAAACCAACGAGUUCCUCAAUGCCAUCUACAUUUUAAUCAGCAAUCUGGGAGGUGAUGAAAUCACAAAGUUCAUUACCCAGAAUGCAUCCACUGAGCUCCUGCAGCAGCAAAGGGGAGCUGAAGAGCUGCUGAGCAUCAUCCAGCCAGUGCUGGCCAGGGUGCACCCUCUGUGGAAGGCUGCAGACAUCAUCCCCUUCGUCCUCCUGGAGAAGGCUCACGUCAUAAACUGCUUCCUGGAGCAGAUGAGGAGGGAGGGGCUCUAUCCCGACCAGAAACACAUUGAAAAUUUGGCAAAUCAGCUCAGUUACUACACUACAGGGGACAAGCAGUACUCCAGCAUGGGCUGCAAGCAGGUUGUGGCCAAAGUCAACCUUCUGUAGGGAUUUACUGCGGAGACCAAGCCCUGCUCUGGGGGUUUGCAGAGCUCUGUGCUCAUGAGGAGUUUGUCUCACCAGGCUGGGCUCAAGGUGUCCUUCCUCAGCCCUGGUCCAGGCAAAGGGGUGGCAGCCUGGACAAGCUGGUCCCUGUUCUCCUCCAGAGCUUCAAUUUUUUCUGAUGUUCUGUGGAAAAGGAAGGGCAAAGAAGCUGCAGCCACCUCCCAGUCAGUGCAAGACUCUUCAUUCCUCAUUCUCAUUUGGGAUUCUUGUCAUUAAGGAGUUUUGAGGUGGCAUCAAAAGCUGCAGGACAUAAAUAGGGUGGAACAAUCCCUGGGCCACUGCCCCUGCAGAAUUUGUCACCUCCUGUGUCUCACUCUUUCCAGGCUCACAGCUCUUUGCUUCCCUUGGUCCUGGCUGGGGUGUGCAGGGCAGGGGCAGGGCUGGAGCCCUGGCCUGGGACAGUUUGUGGCUCCUGCCCCCAGAUGUGCAGGCUGCCCUCCCCAGCUCCUGCAUGACCACAUCCUCAGAACACUUCUUGGACCUGUUCCUGAGCUGUUGCUCUUCUGAGCUCAUCCCUGAGCUCACCUUUGGCACCUGCAGUGAGAUUUCUGCCCUGCAGGUGUGUUUGGGCUCGCCUCAAAGGCUGCUCAGCUGUGCCAGAUGGUGCAGAAAUAACUCUGGAUUGUUUCAGGUCUGCUGGUGACACCUCAUCCUCAGAGCUCUUCUGCUUUUUGCCUCUGGGGACUCUGUGGGCAGGCAUUGUCUGGAAAGCCCAAAGCAGCAAUGGAUGGAUACUGAGCAACACACACUGGAAAAGACAGUUUGGGCUGAUGGAGUGGGGAUCAGGGCUUGUUCCCAGUCCUGAGAGGCCAAGGAGAGGCUUUGCCAUUGAGCCCCAGGUGAGCUGUGGCCUGGGAGCAGCUUGGGAAGAGCACACAGCCAUGUUUUGAGCAAAACUGAGCAGGUAUUUAUGGCAUUGUUUUCUCAGGUUGUGGUUUUGUACAAGAUUUCUACAGCUUGCUGUGAAUUCCCAGACAAGAACCCCUGUGGAUGUUUGCACUGGGGUUUUGAUUCACCUCUCUGUAAUUGUUGGUCUCCAAAGACUCUGUCACAUAUUCCAGCUU